UGGGAGGACCCCAGGCGCUCGGAGCCGCCGUUACGUAACCGGCACUCAGAGCCUCGGAAGACCGGAAGGCCGAGCUCAGGCCCCGGCCCCGGCCCCGCCCCGGCCCGGCCGGGCAGCCGGUAGGUGCCGUGCGCAACCCUCCGGAAGCUGCCGCCCCUUUCCCCUUUUAUGGGAAUAGUUUUUUUAAAAAAAUAAGAGUUCGCUGGCGCCACCCCGUAGGACUGGCCGCCCUAAAACCGUGAUAAAGGAGCUGCUCGCCACUUCUCACUUCCGCUUCCUUCCAGUAAGGAGUCGGGGUCUUCCCCAGUUUUCUCAGCCAGGCGGCGGCGGCGACUGGCAAUGUUUGGCCUCAAAAGAAACGCGGUAAUCGGACUCAACCUCUACUGUGGGGGGGCCGGCUUGGGGGCCGGCAGCGGCGGCGCCACCCCUCCGGGAGGGCGACUUUUAGCUACGGAGAAGGAGGCCUCGGCCCGGCGAGAGAUAGGGGGAGGGGAGGCCGGCGCGGUGAUUGGCGGAAGCGCCGGCGCAAGCCCCCCGUCCACCCUCACGCCAGACUCCCGGAGGGUCGCGCGGCCGCCGCCCAUUGGCGCCGAGGUCCCCGACGUCACCGCGACCCCCGCGAGGCUGCUUUUCUUUGCGCCCACCCGCCGCGCGGCGCCGCUUGAGGAGAUGGAAGCCCCGGCCGCCGACGCCAUCAUGUCGCCCGAAGAGGAGCUGGACGGGUACGAGCCGGAGCCUCUCGGGAAGCGGCCGGCUGUCCUGCCCCUGCUGGAGUUGGUCGGGGAAUCUGGUAAUGACACCAGUACGGACGGGUCACUACCCUCGACGCCGCCGCCAGCAGAGGAGGAGGAGGACGAGUUGUACCGGCAGUCGCUGGAGAUUAUCUCUCGGUACCUUCGGGAGCAGGCCACCGGCGCCAAGGACACAAAGCCAAUGGGCAGGUCUGGGGCAACCAGCAGGAAGGCGCUGGAGACCUUACGACGGGUUGGGGAUGGCGUGCAGCGCAACCACGAGACGGCCUUCCAAGGCAUGCUUCGGAAACUGGACAUCAAAAACGAAGACGAUGUGAAAUCGUUGUCUCGAGUGAUGAUCCAUGUUUUCAGCGACGGCGUAACAAACUGGGGCAGGAUUGUGACUCUCAUUUCUUUUGGUGCCUUUGUGGCUAAACACUUGAAGACCAUAAACCAAGAAAGCUGCAUCGAACCAUUAGCAGAAAGUAUCACAGACGUUCUCGUAAGGACAAAACGGGACUGGCUAGUUAAACAAAGAGGCUGGGAUGGGUUUGUGGAGUUCUUCCAUGUAGAGGACCUAGAAGGUGGCAUCAGGAAUGUGCUGCUGGCUUUUGCAGGUGUUGCUGGAGUAGGAGCUGGUUUGGCAUAUCUAAUAAGAUAGCCUUACUGUAAGUGCAAUAGUUGACUUUUAACCAACCACCACCACCACCAAAACCAGUUUAUGCAGUUGGACUCCAAGCUGUAACUUCCUAGAGUUGCACCCUAGCAACCUAGCCAGAAAAGCAAGUGGCAAGAGGAUUAUGGCUAACAAGAAUAAAUACAUGGGAAGAGUGCUCCCCAUUGAUUGAAGAGUCACUGUCUGAAAGAAGCAAAGUUCAGUUUCAGCAACAAACAAACUUUGUUUGGGAAGCUAUGGAGGAGGACUUUUAGAUUUAGUGAAGAUGGUAGGGUGGAAAGACUUAAUUUCCUUGUUGAGAACAGGAAAGUGGCCAGUAGCCAGGCAAGUCAUAGAACUGAUUACCCGCCGAAUUCAUUAAUUUACUGUAGUGUUAAGAGAAGCACUAACAAUGCCAGUGACCUGUGUAAAAGCUACAAGUAAUAGAACUAUGACUGUAAGCCUCAGUACUGUACAAGGGAAGCUUUUCCUCUCUCUAAUUAGCUUUCCCAGUAUACUUCUUGAAAUAGAAAGUCCAAGUGUUCAGGACUUUUAUACCUGUUAUACUUUGGCUUGGUUUCCAUGAUUCUUACUUUAUUAGCCUAGUUUAUCAUCAAUAAUACUUGACGGAAGGCUCAGUAAUUAGUUAUGAAUAUGGAUAUCCUCAAUUCUUAAGACAAACAACUUGUAAAUGUAUUUGUAAAAAUUGUAUAUAUUUUUACAGAAAGUCUAUUUCUUUGAAACGAAGGAAGUAUCGAAUUUACAUUAGUUUUUUUCAUACCCUUUUGAACUUUGCAACUUCCGUAAUUAGGAACCUGUUUCUUACAGCUUUUCUAUGCUAAACUUUGUUCUGUUCAGUUCUAGAGUGUAUACAGAACGAAUUGAUGUGUAACUGUAUGCAGACUGGUUGUAGUGGAACAAAUCUGAUUGAUUAACUAUGCAGGUUUAAAUUUUCUUAUCUGAUUUUGGUAAGUAUUCCUUAGAUAGGUUUUUCUUUGAAAACCUGGGAUUGAGAGGUUGAUGAAUGGAAAGUCUUUCACUUCAUUAUAUGCAAGUUUUCAAUAAUUAGGUCUAAGUGGAGUUUUAAGGUUACUGAUGACUUACAAAUAAUGGGCUCUGAUUGGGCAAUACUCAUUUGAGUUCCUUCCAUUUGACCUAAUUUAACUGGUGAAAUUUAAAGUGAAUUCAUGAGCUCAUCUUUAAAGCUUUUACUAAAAGAUUUUCAGCUGAAUGGAACUCAUUAGCUGUGUGCAUAUAAAAAGAUCACAUCAGGUGGAUGGAGAGACAUGGAGAGACAUUUGAUCCCUUGUUUGCUUAAUAAAUUAUAAAAUGAUGGCUUGGAAAAGCAGGCUAGUCUAACCAUGGUGCUAUUAUUAGGCUUGCUUGUUACACAGGUCUAAGCCUAGUAUGUCAAUAAAGCAAAUACUUACUGUUUUGUUUCUAUUAAUGAUUCCCAGACCUUGUUGCAAAUUUUUGCAUUGGCAUCUUUGGAUUUCAGUCUUGAUGUUUGUUCUAUCAGACUUAACCUUUUAUUUCCUGUCCUUCCUUGAAAUUGCUGCUUGUUCUGCUCCCUCUACAGAUAUUUAUAUCAAUUCCUACAGCUUUCCCCUGCCAUCCCUGAACUCUUUCUAGCCCUUUUAGAUUUUGGCACUGUGAAACCCCUGCUGGAAACCUGAGUGACCCUCCCUCCCCACCAAGAGUCCACAGACCUUUCAUCUUUCACGAACUUUAUCCUGUUAGCAGGUGGUAAUACCAUGGGUGCUGUGACACUAACAGUCAUUGAGAGGUGGGAGGAAGUCCCUUUUCCUUGGACUGGUAUCUUUUCAACUAUUGUUUUAUCCUGUCUUUGGGGGAAAUGUGUCAAAAGUCCCCUCAGGAAUUUUCAGAGGAAAGAACAUUUUAUGAGGCUUUCUCUAAAGUUUCCUUUGUAUAGGAGUAUACUCACUUAAAUUUACAGAAAGAGGUGAGCUGUGUUAAACCUCAGAGUUUAAAAGCUACUGAUAAACUGAAGAAAGUGUCUAUAUUGGAACUAGGGUCAUUUGAAAGCUUCAGUCUCGGAACAUGACCUUUAGUCUGUGGACUCCAUUUAAAAAUAGGUAUGAAUAAGAUGACUAAGAAUGUAAUGGGGAAGAAUUGCCCUGCCUGCCCAUCUCAGAGCCAUAAGGUCAUCUUUGCUAGAGCUAUUUUUACCUAUGUAUUUAUCGUUCUUGAUCAUAAGCCACUUAUUUAUAUCAUGUAUCUCUAAGGACCUAAAAGCACUUUAUGUAGUUUUUAAUUAAUCUUAAGAUCUGGUUACGGUAACUAAAAAAGCCUGUCUGCCAAAUCCAGUGGAAACAAGUGCAUAGAUGUGAAUUGGUUUUUAGGGGCCCCACUUCCCAAUUCAUUAGGUAUGACUGUGGAAAUACAGACAAGGAUCUUAGUUGAUAUUUUGGGCUUGGGGCAGUGAGGGCUUAGGACACCCCAAGUGGUUUGGGAAAGGAGGAGGGGAGUGGUGGGUUUAUAGGGGGAGGAGGAGGCAGGUGGUCUAAGUGCUGACUGGCUACGUAGUUCGGGCAAAUCCUGCAAAAGGGUAAGGGAGGAUUUGCUUAGAAGGAUGGCGCUCCCAGUGACUACUUUUUGACUUCUGUUUGUCUUACGCUUCUCUCAGGGAAAAACAUGCAGUCCUCUAGUGUUCAUGUACAUUCUGUGGGGGGUGAACACCUUGGUUCUGGUUAAACAGCUGUACUUUUGAUAGCUGUGCCAGGAAGGGUUAGGACCAACUACAAAUUAAUGUUGGUUGUCAAAUGUAGUGUGUUUCCCUAACUUUGUUUUUCCUGAGAAAAAAAAAUAAAUCUUUUAUUCAAA